AUGAAGAGCGCCGAGGCCGAUGACGCCGCGUGGGAAGCUACCCGGGGAGCCUUCAUCGGCGCCGCGAGAUGGGGUCUGGGAGCCGCCGUCGUGGGUGCCUUUGCGUACAAGUUCUCGCCUCUGUACAAGGGCCUCACCAUUCAGUUCAAGAUCUAUAUGCAAAUGUCGGCCAUGGUGCUUGGAAGCAUGCUGGAGGCGGACAACAGGUUACGAGACGCAUUCUGA